AUCCGCCAUUAACUUCUCCACUGCUGAGCCCCGCCCCUAUAAGGUCACGUAGCUAUCAUUACAGGUCCUUUAACCACAACCUUAGAGUCUACUACUCCUGAGCUCCGCCCCUUCAUGUCACAUGGCCUUCUCAUGACGUAUGACAUUUGGUGACAUCACACAGGUCCUUUCCCUAUCCUGGAGACACCAUUGCAGGUCGGAGCGGGUCCUGCUGGGUGGUCGGUGCUGUUGUCUCUUGUUCUCUCUGUUAUCAGCCGCAGAUCCCCCAGUAAUAAAGGACAAGAUCCCUCCAGCUGACCCCGUCCUCUCUCCCGCUGCCCCCAGGAUGUCCCCGGACAGGACUGAUGUGACUACAGGACUAUUACACAUCACCCUGGAGAUCAUCCGCCUGCUGACCGGAGAGGAUUAUACCAUAGUGAGGAAGACAUCGGGGGAGUCCGGAGGAUGGAGCAGGGGCCCGAACCCCAUCACAGACCCUCCACCUCACUCCAUGAUACAUGAGAGGAACAACAAGAAGAUCCUAGAACUCAUCAACAAGAUGAUGGAGCUGCUGAUUAGAGAGGUUCCUAUAAGGUGUCAGGAUGUGGCGGUCUAUUUCUCCAUGGAGGAGUGGGAGUAUGUAGAAGGACACAAGGAUCUGUACCAGGACAUUAUGGAGGACCCCCGGCCCCUCACAUCACCAGAAAUCACCAGUAAGAAUUCUGAGGGAAACGUCGUAUUAUUGAGCUACAAAACAGAAGAUGAAGACACCGCACAGGACUCCACAGGAGGAAAUCUUAUUCACCGUAAUACAGAUCCAUCACGUGAUCCCAGGACAGAUCCAUCACAUGAUCCCAGUACAGAUCUAUCACAUGAUCCCAGGACAGAUCAAUCGCAUGAUCCCAGGACAGAUCCAUCACAUGAUCCCAGUACAGAUCCAUCACAUGAUCCCAGGACAGAUCCAUCGCAUGAUCCCAGUACAGAUCUAUCACAUGAUCCCAGGACAGAUCCAUCACAUGAUCCCAGGACAGAUCCAUCACAUGAUCCCAGUACAGAUCCAUCGCAUGAUCUCAGUACAGAUCAAUCACAUGAUCCCAGUACAGAUCCAUCGCAUGACCCCUCUAAUCAUGAGGAACCUUCUACUGACCGAUCACAGAUUGUUACCACAAGGACAGAUCAGAAACAGGGUAAAGGGUUUCAAUGUGGUAAAAGUGGAAAACACUUUACAAAAAACUCAGAUCUUUUUACGCACAGAAAAACAUGCACAGGGGAGAAGCCGUUCUCCUGUACAGAAUGUGGGAAAUGCUUUACAUAUCAAUCAAAUCUUGAUAUACAUCAGAGAAUCCACACAUCGGAGAAGCCCUAUUCAUGUUCAGAAUGCGGAGUAUGUUUUACAAAUAAAUCAAAUCUUGACACACACCUGAGAAUCCACACAGGGGAGAAGCCAUUUUCCUGUUCAGAAUGUGGGAAAAGUUUUGCACGCAAAUCAAAUCUUUUCACACAUCAGAGAAUUCACACAGGGGAGAAGCCGUUCUCCUGUUCAGAAUGUGGGAAAUGCUUUACAUAUAAAUCAAAUCUUUUCACACAUCAGAGAAUCCACACAGGGGAGAAGCCCUAUUUAUGUUCAGAAUGCGGAGUAUGUUUUACAUAUAAAUUAAAUCUUGAUACACAUCAGAGAAUGCACACAGGGGAGAAGCCUUAUUCAUGUUCAGAAUGUGGAGUAUGUUUUACAAAUAAAUCAAAUCUUUUCACACAUCAGAGAAUCCACACAGGGGAGAAGCCAUAUUCAUGUUCAGAAUGUGGGAGAUGCUUUACAGAUAAAUCGAAUCUUGUUUCACAUAGAAAAAGUCACAUAGGAGAAAAACCGUACUUCUGUUCAGAAUGUGGAAAGUGCUUUACGUAUAAAUCAAGCCUUGUUAAACAUCAGACCAUUCACACGAGAGAGGAGUCUUUUUGUAAGCGCCUGGGCGAGAUCAUCUCGGAAGCCAUGGAAGGGAAGAGUUCCUUAUUACCUCAAAAUAAGGUCCGUACUACUACCUCCCGCCGUAAAUCGAACUUCUUUCGGACCUUCAGGGUCUCUAAGGGGACUAGGCGGGCGCCUUCUCGGGACAAGAAGGCUCCUUUCUUCCAGGCUCGCCCAUCCUGGAAAUCGGAUAACCAUUCGGGCCGCUCUGCGCCCAAGGCGGCUCCGAGGGUAUUCACCAAGGUCCUUGCACUGGUGAUCGACCUUCUACGGACAAGGGGGGUCUCAGUGAUCCCUUACUUGGACGACCUUCUGAUCAAGGCUCCGUCCAGAGACCAGAAUCUAGAGAGCCUCACCCUCACUCUUCAGGCCCUGUCUCGAUUUGGUUGGUUGGUCAAUCGGGACAAGUCCAACCUAUCCCCCACUCAGUCCCUGGUUUUUCUAGGACUUAGUGUCCAUUCGAUUAUGCAUGGAAGUCCUGGGUCGGAUGGUGGCCGCCACGAAGGCCGUUCUCUUCGCUCAGUUUCAUUUUCGACCCCUCCAACUUGUGAUUCUAUACCGGUGGGACAGGUCUCCAUUGUCCCUCGAUCGCAAGAUUAUACUUCCUCGGGCAUCUCGCCGCUCCCUUCUGUGGUGGCUACGCUCCCCCCUGCUUCUUCAGGGAUGCUGCUUCCUGCCCCUCCAUUGGCUGGUUGUCUAGAAGGAUGCCAGCCUUUCGGGUUGGGGGGGGGUGUCUUCCGAGACCGGACAGUCCGGGGCCUUUGGUCUCCCAGGGAGACACUCUUCUCGAUCAACAUCCUGGAACUGAGAGCAAUCUACCUUUGUCUGUUACAUUGGGAGAGCCUUCUCCAGGGCCGCCCAGUUCGUGUCCAGUUGGACAACUCCACUGCGGUGGCAUACAUCAAUCGCCAGGGCGGCACCCGCAGCUCGGCGGCGAUGGCUGAAGUUUCCAAGAUCCUUCUCUGGGCGGAACUCAGGGUUCCGGCCAUCUCGGCUAUUCACAUUCCAGGCGUAAACAGUUGGGAAGUGGACUUCCUAAGCCGAUCCUCUCCCAACCCUGGAGAGCGGUCCCUUCAUCCGGAGGUGUUUGCAGAGAUCUGCGGCCUCUGGGGAACUCCAGAUGUGGACCUCUUUGCAUCCCGCCACAACAAGAAUGUUCCCCUCUAUGUGUCGAAGUCGCGGGACCCCCGUGCUCUAGCGGCGGAUGCACUGCAUUUGGUGACAUCAUCACAGGUCCUUUCCCUAUCCUGGAGACACCAUUGCAGGUCGGAGCGGGUCCUGCUGGGUGGUCGGUGCUGUUGUCUCUUGUUCUCUCUGUUAUCAGCCGCAGAUCCCCCAGUAAUAAAGGACAAGAUCCCUCCAGCUGAUCCCGUCCUCUCUCCCGCUGCCCCCAGGAUGUCCCCGGACAGGACUGAUGUGACUACAGGACUAUUACACAUCACCCUGGAGAUCAUCCGCCUGCUGACCGGAGAGGAUUAUACCAUAGUGAGGAAGACAUCGGGGGAGUCCGGAGGAUGGAGCAGGGGCCCGAACCCCAUCACAGACCCUCCACCUCACUCCAUGAUACAUGAGAGGAACAACAAGAAGAUCCUAGAACUCAUCAACAAGAUGAUGGAGAUGCUGAUUAGAGAGGUUCCUAUAAGGUGUCAGGAUGUGGCGGUCUAUUUCUCCAUGGAGGAGUGGGAGUAUGUAGAAGGACACAAGGAUCUGUACCAGGACAUUAUGGAGGACCCCCGGCCCCUCACAUCACCAGAAAUCACCAGUAAGAAUUCUGAGGGAAACGUCAUAUUAUUGAGCUACAAAACAGAAGAUGAAGACACCGCACAGGACUCCACAGGAGGAAAUCUUAUUCACCAUUAUACAGAUCUAUCACAUGAUCCCAGGACAGAUCCAUCACAUGAUCCCAGUACAGAUCCAUCACAUGAUCCCAGGACAGAUCCAUCACAUGAUCCCAGGACAGAUCCAUCACAUGAUCCCAGGACAGAUCCAUCACAUGAUCCCAGGACCGAUCCAUCACAGGAUCCCAGGGCAGAUCCAUCACAGGAUCCCAGGGUAGAUCCAUCACAUGAUCCCAGGACAGAUCCAUCACAUGAUCCCAGGACAGAUCCAUCACAGGAUCCCAGGACAGAUCUAUCACAUGACCCCUCUAAUCAUGAGGAAUCUUCUAUUGACCAAUCACAGAUUAUUACCACAAGGACAGAUCAGAAACAGGGUAAAGAGUUUCAAUGUAGUAAAAGUGGAAAACCGUUUACAAAAAACUCAGGUCUUUUUACGCACAGAAAAAAACGCACAGGGGAGAAGCCGUUCUCCUGUACAGAAUGUGGGAAAUGCUUUACGUAUAAAUCAAAUCUUGAUACACAUCAGAGAAUCCACACAGGGGAGAAGCCCUAUUCAUGUUCAGAAUGCGGAGUAUGUUUUACAAAUAAAUCAAAUCUUGACACACAUCAGAGAAUCCACACAGGGGAGAAGCCAUUUUCCUGUUCAGAAUGUGGGAAAGGUUUUGCACGCAAAUCAAAUCUUUUCACACAUCAGAGAAUUCACACAGGGGAGAAGCCAUAUUCAUGUUCAGAAUGUGGGAAAUGCUUUACAGAUAAAUCGAAUCUUGUUGCACAUAGGAAAAGUCACGUAGGAGAAAAACCGUACUUCUGUUCAGAAUGUGGAAAGCGCUUUACAUAUAAAUCAACUCUUCAUACGCAUCAGAAAAUUCAUACAGGGCAGAAACCGUAUUCAUGUUCAGACUGUGGGAAAUGUUUUAUGGGUAAAUCAUAUCUUGUUAAACAUCAAAGAAUUCACACAAGAGAGAAGUCUUUUUCAUGUCCAGAAUGUGGGAAAUGCUUUACACAUAAAUUAAGGUUUGUUAAACAUGAGAGAAGUCAUUCAGGAAAGAAACCAUACUCCUGUUCAGAAUGUGGAAAGUGCUUUACAAAGAAAUCAACUUUUGAUACACAUCAGAGAAUACACAAAGGGGAGAAGCCAUAUUCAUGUUCAGAAUGUGGGAAAUGCUUUACAGAUAAAUCGAAUCUUGUUGCACAUAGGAAAAGUCACACAGGGGAGAAACUGUACUCCUGUUCAGAAUGUGAAAAGUGCUUUACAUAUAAAUCAAGCCUUGUUAAACAUCAGAGAAUUCACACGGGAGAAAAUACAUAUUCAUGAUCAGAAUGUGAGAAAUGUUUUCAUAGGUAAAUCGCUUCUUAAUAAACGUCACAAAAUUCACACAGGAAAAAAGUAGCUGUGUUUUUUCCCCCCAUGGAUAAGCCCUUAAAUGGG